AUGGAGCGGCCGCGUGUGAAUUCCCCACUGAAGACAAAGCUCCAGAUGCAGCCCUCGGCGGCGCGGGGCGGCCGCGGUGCCGCCGGGGGGAGCGGGGGGUGCGGCAACGCCGGGCCGCUCCGUGUGUGUGUGCCCCGCAGGGAGCGGCGCGGCGACGAGCGGGCGGAGGCGGAGGCGGAGGCGGGGCCCGGCGGUGCACACGAGAGCACGCCUUCGGCCCGGGAGCUGGAGGAGCUGGAGCUGCUGAACGCGGCCCUGGAGAAAGCGCUGAGGGUCAGGAAAAGCGUCUGCAGAACGGCCGCGGCGGCACAGCGAGCUGCAGGGGCGAAGCCUGCUAGCAAGGAGCCUGCGAGCAAGGAGCCUGCGAGCAAGGAGCCUGCGAGCAAGGAGCCUGCGAGCAAGGAGCCUGCUAGCAAGGAGCCUGCUAGCAAGGAGCCUGCUAGCAAGGAGCCUGCUAGCAAGGAGCCUGCUAGCAAGGAGCCUGCAGGUGGAGACGUGGGAGAGCUGCAGGUGCCUGCGACCGCCAGAGCCGGCCCUGAGACCGCCUGCCUCCCCUGCGAGGUGAGAGCUGGAAGCGAGGAGCCCACCGCUCCCAGGAAGCCCCCUCGGUACCGGCUCCGAGCCCCGUACAGGACUGACCCAGAUGUGAGGAGAACGCAAAGGAAAGCGUCGGCAGGACGUGUCAGCAGGGCUCCUGGCGCGGCUGGGAAGAGCUCUUCCAAAGCUGUGGCUUCCAAACAAGGGAGGAGCUGCGGGCCGGCGGGCCGUGCCGGCAGCCAGGAGGUCCGUGUGGCCGCAGAGCCCCAAAGAACAGCUGGCUUCCCCAGGUCUGCUCCCAGCGAGCGGCACGGCUUCCCCGCGGGGGAAGGGAGCUCGGGGGCUGUGUGCGGGCAGCAGCUCGGUGCGGGGAAGACGCGUUGUGGUUCCCUCGGGCUGCCCGGCCGAGCCCAGGAGCCCACAGCUGGCGCAGGGAGCACGGCACCGCGGGCAGUCACGCUGCGGGAGCAGGGAUGCCAGCUGGAGCUGCCCCUUCCCUACAGGAAAGCCCACACCAGGAACUCCAGGGCAUGGGAGAAGUGUCGGCUCUGCCACACGAGCGCCGACGCGGCGGCUGCAAGGACGCGUGUUACAGAGAGGAUCCAGAGCACUUUUGAGUUUCGUUCGCCGACGCCGACGCUCAGUCCCGCAGAGAUAGAGGAGGAAUUAAAAGCCCUCCAGGAUGUCCCCUCCCGUCUGAGCCUGUGUGUGGAGGCUGAGUGCGCAGACCAUCCCACUCUUCAAAGAGAGUACGAGAGCCUUCUGACCUUGGAAGGUCUGCAAAGCACAGUCUCCCAGUGCUUGCAUAAGUUGCAGCUUCUACGAGCAGCUGUGGAGUCACAGAGAAGACUGCACCCAGACUGCACCGGGGACCGAGGAAGCUGCUGUGCAGGCUGUGCUCCUGCCGGGGUGCGGGUGUGCAGCAGUGCGGGCACGCUGGCUGCACCUCUCCUCUGGUACUCCAGGCUCCAGGAGCUGAGGGACCUGUUUGCCUUGAAGCUGCAAGUGUCGAUGCUGCGCCAAGAGAUUGCCUUACAAAAGCUCACGAUGACAGAACUGCUGCCUGUGCUGGACUCCAGGCCCUGCCCGGGGGCCUCUGCGGCUCAGCUCUACCGGGCGCUGUACGCGCUGCUCUGCGAGGGAGGCGGGCGCUUCCCCGUGCUGGUGCGGGACGAGCUGACGGACUGAGCUGGUGAGAGCCUCCCCCGGCCGAUCCCAGAAACAGCGACGGUUUUAAGCAAUAAAUCUUUUCGGAUUACUGUUAGUACUUCA